AUGCCUCUCCACCUGCUAGGCAAGAAGUCCUGGAACGUCUACAAUGCCGACAACGUCGCCCGCGUCCAGCGCGACGAGGCCGCCGCCGCCGCCGAGGAGCACGCAGCGGAGCAGCGCAUGCAGGAUGCCGACGCCGCCCGCCGCCUGGCCAUCCUGCGCGGCGAGACGCCCCCGCCUCUUCCGGAGCCCGAGCAGCCCGCCGACCCGUCCGACAAGAAACACACGCGCCGCGACCGCGAUGGCACUUCCGGCGGAGGGAGGAAGCGCAAGCGCGCCGGCGAGGACGACACCGAGUUCGAGAUGAGGGUUGCGCGCGAGCGGGCGGAAGAAGGGGCCAGGGUCGCGGGGGGGCUCGCUGGGCCGAGCGGGCCCAAGAGGCAGAAGCAGCAGGAGAGGGAGGAGGUGAACAUCGUGGACAGCAGGGGCCACAUCGACCUGGUCGGGCCGGUGCCCAAGGACGUUGGCGGCGGCGGCGGAGAUGACAGGAAGGAGACCCGUCAUGAACGGAUUGAGAGGAAGGCGCGCGAGAAUGGGGAGAAGCUCGAGAGGAUGUGGCGCAACGGGGAUUUUGCCAGCCAGCCGUGGCACGAGGAGGCACAGCGCAGGCGACCUAUUAUGAACGCGUGGUUCCUCGACGCUUGUCGUGCUGCUGUUGCGGCCACAGAUGCAGACAGCCCGAAGGCGGAAAGGGAGGCUGUAAGGGAAGCUCUGAGGGACGCUGAAAGGAUGUUGGAGGCCCCUACCACGGACGUCUGGGGCAGGGAUGACCCCAAGAGGAGGGAAAGGGAGACGGUGAGGCUGGACGCUAACGACCCGCUCGCCGCGAUGAAGUCGGGUGCCAAAAAGGUGCGGGACGUCUUGAGGGAGAGGAGAAUGGAGGCCGAGGAGCGGUGGCGCGAGCUCGAGCAGCUUCGGCAGGAGGAACAGAGGCGGGAGAAGCGGAGGAAGAGGGAGCAUGAACACGCAGACGAGGAUGAGAACGAAGACAGGCCGCUGCGAGAAUCGCACCGCUCAGGACGAUCUGAGCGAAGACACCAUGGGGAGGAACGACACGAGGGUCGGCGCGUUCAUGUUCAUCGAGAGGAGCGUCGAAGGCACAGGGAGGCUGAGCGUGCCCGAGACCGGGGAAGCGACAGACAUGAUGGACGGGGAAGGGAGAGAUCCCGUGAAAGGGGGACGUCCUCGCGAUCCCAUCGAGACCAGGACAAGGACGACCGCCAUGACCGCCGUGGCAAGGACCACGAACGCCGCGACAAGCACCAUGAACGUCGCGACAGGGAGGCUCAGAGGGCGUAA